AUGAACGUCUCAUCCGAAUUCAUAUCAAUAGGCGGUAACAGAAACCCAGCAGCCGCAGACUGGGACGUGAACGGUUCCGGUAUUCUUGCAUUCGGCGCGGAUAGUGGCAUAGCACUGUGGGAUCCUCAAGAUCAGAAGCUCGUGGGAGUGCAUGCUGUUUUGAAUGGGCACACUAAAGCUGUCAACGCCGUCAAAUUCUUCCCCUCGACAUCUUCAAGUGUUUCUGUCCUUCUCAGUGGUGCAGCGGACAAUACCAUUCGAAUAUGGCGGGCCCAAAAUCACGAUCCUUACAAGUAUACAUGUGUAAAAGUGCUCUCUAGUCAUAACAACCCCAUCACCAAGCUUGUUACCCUACCCGGCUCCAAUAUAUUUGCCUCCGGUUCAUCCGAUGGAUCGAUCAAGAUAUGGAAGCUGAUACACGACGGGAACUACACACCCAUAGACGUCGAGCUGCUACAGACCAUUGUGCUAGUGCCCAAAUACUUCCCUUUGAUUCUUGCACUUGCGCAGCUCGACGCCGAUUCGAUGGUCCUAGCGGUUGCAGGCACUCGACCCACCAUCCAGGUCUUUGUUUCCAGGAAUGACCAAUUCCAACUUUCGGCAACGCUCACUGGACACGAGGGAUGGAUCCGUUCUCUAGACUUCACUCGCGAGACGUCGGACCCGACCAGCGACUUGCUGCUGGCAUCUGCAAGCCAAGACAAAUACAUCCGCCUUUGGCGAUUCCAUCAGGGCAGCGAGCUUCCCAUGGCAAGCGGGGCGCUUAAUGAUCCCGCUCUCGGAGGCUUGAUAAGGUCCUUGUCGAACAAACCUCACUGGAUUCAGUCUGCAACAUCGAAGCAUUCCAUCACCUUCGAAGCCCUGCUUUUGGGACAUGAGGACUGGAUCUACACUGCUCUGUGGCGUCACCGAGGGGGCAAACUGCAGCUCCUCUCCACGUCAGAGGACAACUCUCUCGCAAUGUGGGAAUCUGACCCAACAUCAGGCGUAUGGGUGUGCGUCACUAGGCUGGGUGAGAUCAGCGCGCAGAAGGGAUCAACAAGCGCGACAGGAAGUGCUGGAGGUUUCUGGAUUGGGCUUUGGUCUCCAGACGGCAACUGCGUGGUAUCGUUGGGGAGAACUGGAAGCUGGAGGAAGUGGACAUACGCUGCGUCUGAAGACAUGUGGGCACAGCAAGUCGCCAUCACAGGCCAUGUUCGAGAAGUCAAAGGAGUCACAUGGUCACGAGAUGGUUCCUACCUGCUUUCUACAUCUCAAGACCAAACAACACGGCUGCUAUCAGAGUGGAAGCACGAUGGAACUUCUUCAUGGCACGAAUUUUCAAGACCCCAGAUUCACGGCUACGAUCUCAACUGUGUUGACGCGAUCAGCGAUACAGAGUUUGUUUCGGGGGCUGACGAGAAGCUGCUACGGGUUUUUGGCGAACCAAAAGGGGUCGCGGACAUGCUGACCAAGCUGUGUAAGAUUGACUUCAAGGGCACUAGCGAUCUUCCAGACGCAGCAAACAUACCCGUACUCGGUCUCUCGAACAAGGCCAUCCAGGCUGUCGAUGACGACGAGCACGUACAGGACGGCGAUGAAGACGAACGCGAUGCCGUCGACCCUGCUUCUAUUGUUCGCAAGUCUGCGCUCGAGUUCACGCACCCCCCAUUCGAGGACCACCUAGCGCGCCACCUCCUCUGGCCGGAGACAGAGAAGCUCUACGGCCAUGGAUACGAAAUCUCUGCAGUAGCAGUGAGCCGCGAUAGUAGCCUGGUCGCAACCGCAUGCCGGGCCAGCUCCAUUGAUCACGCAGUCAUUCGUCUCUACGAUACAAAGGAGUGGCUGGAAGUAAAACCGGCGCUGAAAGCACAUUCCCUUACGGUCACAUCGCUGCAAUUCUCGCCGGAUGACAAGUACUUGUUGAGCGUCGGCCGCGAUAGACAGUGGGUCGUCUGGGAGCAAAGCGAGGAGCAGUCACAGUACGUCUUGAAGCAUCUGAACCCCAAAGGACACUCGCGCAUGAUCUUGAAUUGUGCAUGGGCACCGCUCGAGCAACCAACUUUCCUGACAGCAGGACGCGACAAGACCGUCAAGAUCUGGCAGAUUGUCGGCGACGAGGUGCAGCUCAAGGGCACAGUAGCAGCGAAUGCUUCUGUCACCGCGGUCGCGAGCAGUGGAAGCGUGGUGAACAACGCAACAUGGUUUGCAUUUGGGACUGAAACCGGAGAAGUUGGUAUUGCCAGCGCGAGCGUGGACGCGCUGGACAGGAUCGAAGUGACACAAGUCGUUGCAGAGUUGGCCCCCGUUAAGACCAUCAACCAGAUCGUGUGGAGGCCGGGUCGGAGUGAACUACAGGGGCAGCAGAUUGCGGUAGCGACGGAUGACUCCUCGGUCCACAUCUACAAUGUCGCAGCAGAGCUGUCAUGA